UGGCUUUGAUGGAGGUGUGGUUUUUGUCCCUGAGUAGAUCAUGUUGUUGUCAGGUGUCGAGUUAGCUCCGACCCACAAUGACCCUCUGCACAACAGAAGGAAACCCUGCCUGGUUCUGCCCCCUCCUCAGAAGAGAUGUGAUGCUUGACCAUAACCACCAGGAAACCGAGGGUGGUGACUUCAGUUAACUUUAAGUAACUAGUGAGGUGGUGACUUAAUCUUACCUGGAUCCUGGAACAGAGAACUCCCUCCAAAAUGGGAUUACAGCCACCGGCACUGAGGCCAGAAUCUAUCAUGCACCACAUGGGAGAUUUUGAUGAGGAGGCCACGUUAAUUGAGCACGUCUCAAAGCACUAGAAAAUCUUGACUGAUCGACCACUGAACUUGCUGCCUACUUGUCUGAUAAACCUGCAUAGCACCCUGUUAAAGGUGAUCUGGGUUUUUAUUCUCUGUUUCUAACUGUGUGUGUGUUUUGGGUAACAGGGUGUUGUUCAAGGCCGUGGCCUUUCAAAAGUCCAUUGCCAGGUGGCACUGGGUAUGUGGUAACCGCCAACAUGUAGGCUUCUUAGAGUUUUUGUGUCCAGGAUUUUGAACAUGUUAGUGGGGAGGGACCAGUCAGUAGGGAAGGACAUUGUGCUUAGAAAGUGGAGGGUCAACAGAAAGAAGGAACGCCCUCACUUAGGUGGGUUGUACCUGUAGCGAAUGGACCAGAGACAGGAGCAACAGUUGUGAAGAUGGUCUCAAGGUACCAAGUCACUUCCGUCUGGACAGCCCUUAACCUCCACAAGUGUUUUGCCAUACUUGCUUUAUUUAUGCUUAGUGUUUUAAAAGUGAAUUUCAUAUUUCACCCAAAUACUUAACAUUUGUGUCUCUAAAAUGAUACAUCCCUCUUAACCGCUUGUGAUUGUCCGCCUUAACGAUCCUUUGACAAAAUUUUAAAAUCAUGUGAUCAGACAAGUACUUAGUAUUCUAAGGACUUCCCCCAAAUGUUUUCCACAGCUGAUCUGUUCAAACCUAGUUGGAGUCAUCUCUGUCUUCUGUCAUAUUGCUUACUUUAGGUUUUUGUUCAUCUGCAAUAGCCGCCACUUCCUUCCUCUGUCUGGUGGGUUCUUUGAGGAAUUUCUUCUUACUUUAGGAUUCCGGGCAUGUCGUGCCCAUGCAGCAUCUAUGCAAGAUUUGGCAAUGCAGCACUAGGUGCCCCUUGGUGUAUUGGAUUUGGAGGCUUUUCCUGUGAGGCUGGUCCCCCUGGACUCUGCUAGGGUGGAGGUGGGGUGUCUUGGUGGAUCUGUGAGGGAAAGCUGUGGUCAUUCGUGUCCUUCUGGACAGACUCAGCUAUGCCAACCCGACCUCUGCCCCUGAAGGUGAGAGGCCUUGUGACCUGUCUGUAGAGACCCAGGGCCCUCAUGAUGUCCAGCCCUGAGCCCUUGAGGACAAAGUGCCCCCUCUCCCCCCGGCUCUGGGGAAGGUUGAUCUCCUGGAUUCUGGGCCAUUUUUUGCCCCCCACCCCUUACCCCCUCCCACAACAAACCGUUUCUGUGUUAUAGGUGCAUCGAAACUGAGUGGCUGUCCAGCUACCCCCAUCUUGUUCCGUGGGAGUCAGGAGCAGAGCGACAAUGGCAUCAGUGAAAUGGCCCUGAACGUGUCUCCUCUAAGGAGCCCUGGUGGUGCUUCAAGGCCAGCAGUCCUGGUGAAGCGUUUGGCUGCCAACCCAGAGGGUGGCAGUUCAGAAGCAACAGCCACACUGUGUGUGUGGGUGAAGGGUGGCAGUCCCAGCGGGCAGUCAUCCAGGGAACUGUGAAGACACAGCACCAAAGGACAGGCGCUGUUAAGUGGGAUUCUCAAGAUAAAAGAAAGCACUUGUGGAGGCCUGGCCAACACACAUCCAUGCAGAGGGAUGAGCUCAUUUGCAACUGCCCUGUGAGAUGAAACGGCAACAGCUAAGUGGAGCGCUGAAACGCAAGCUCACGGAAGGGCCGAAGCACAGGGUCUGUGACUCCGUGGAGAUGACUCCCAAGUCAACGUCCUGUGCACCGUGUCCUGAGCCCGAAGAGACUUCUUCCCUUGAGCGCUCGAGUGCACUGCGUGCUUCUCAUCAUGCUGGGACCGUCAGCGCUGAGAUGACGAACAGCAAUACCGAUGGAAGGGAACCUGUGCCGCCCAGAGCAGUGACCCCUACUUGUCGUGAAAGAGCCAGCAACGGCAUAGGAAGUGACACUGCUGUAGGGCCUGAAAUGGUUUCGUCUGCAGACCUUGUGCGGAACAGAAGUACAGAUCCUGCUUUGUGGAAUCAUUUUUCUCCUAAUGAUGUGAAUUACUGGAUUGUCAGAGGGCCGAGUGGUUGUCAGCAUCACAAUGGACCAUUUGAAAACUCGUGUCGCAAAUUUCUAGAUGGUAAACAAACCAGGUUCUGUAGCCAGAAUAUAUUUCUGGGGUGUAAAGCAAACGGAGAAAGUUACAAGAGGGAGUGGCUGCUGUACUCUCCAUCAGUCGGCUCUGUGUAUUGUUUUGUUUGCAAACUCUUCAGCCCUAAGUCAUUUAAUUCUCAGUUUGCUACGGAUGGAUUCAGCGACUGGCGCAACUCCAACAUGAUCGACAAGCACGAGAACAGCGCAGCGCACAGAGAGUGCAUGUUGUCGUAUCUGCACCGAAGGCAGGCUUUGAGCCCAGGUCGGGAACUGGGAACACCAGUCCAUGAGGAGCGUCCGUAUCGGAAGGCUGUUCUGCAACGUGUCGUGGCUGUCAUCAAAACAAUCGCUGACCUUGGACUACCUUUCCACGGACGAGAGGAGGAAGUGUUUGGGUCCCCACGAAAUGGAAAGUUUUGGGGCUUACUUGAACUUGUUGCUCAGUUUGAUCCAUUUUUAGCAGGUCACAUCUCAAAAUACGGCGGCCCAGGAAAGGGCAGCCCGUCAUGUGUGUCAGACACGAUGUGUGAAGAACUCAUCUACUUAAUGAUUGAUAAAGUUCGGUCAGCUAUUUCCAGGGAAAUAAGUCUAGCUGGGUACUUCACUUUGCUUGUAGAUUCCACUCCUGAUCUUGCGACUUCAGAUCGGCUGAGCGUUGUUGUACGGUAUGUGUCUCCAACAGAUGGAAAGCCCGUGGAGCGAUUUAUCACGUUCACUAGCCUGACAAGUAGUCAUACCGGUGAAGAAGUUGCAAAUAAAGUACUCCAUGAUCUACGUGAAGUGUGUAAAGUUGAUUUUGCCAAGUGCAGAGGCCUGACCUAUGAUGAUGCUGCCAGUAUGUCAGAGUGCUACAGAGGCGUGCAGCAGAAACUCUUAGAGCAUAAUAAGUAUGCCAUUUCCAUACCCUGUGCGGCACAUUCACUUAAUCUUAUAGCACGGAGCGCAGUAGAUUGCUGUCCAGAAGCAGUAGAUUUUUUUUCCAUGGUUCAGUUACUCGCCACGUUUUUCACCACCUCUCCACACCGGUGGGCAGUCCUCAAGAAAUACCUAGGCAGCGAUCGAGUAUUAAAAUGUCUUUCUCACACACACGGCGCUGUGCAUGUGGUCGCAACGAGUGCCAUCCUGGAAUCGUACACGCAGAUUCUAGAGGCCUUGGAAGAUAUUGCAGAGGACCCGGCACAAAAAGGAAAUACCAAAAGAGAAGCUGCAAACCUCGCCAAUAAGAUGCAGAGGCUCGAGUGUGUGUUCAUGUUGGUUUUGUGGAACAGUAUUCUGCAGCAUUUUCACUGGCUGAGCCAAGCUCUCCAAGAUUCAGAGGUAAACUUACAGACAUGCACACAUCUCUACCAGUCGCUAACAGGGUAUUCACAGAGCUUAAGACAAGAUUUUGAGCGCUUUGAAAACACAGCGACACAAAUCCUGCCAGAUACCGAUUAUCAAGCAGUCCCCCGCCGCAGACGCCUUAGUAGGGAAGGAGGAAAAGAUGCAGGUGCCCCAGAGGAGGCCGUGAGUGCCAGAGAUCAGUUUCACACCGUCACAUACAGCACUGUCAUCGACGCCCUCGAAUCUUGCAUGAAAAGAAGGGCAGAUACAUAUGAAGUUCUUUCCGAUAGAUUUUCUUUCUUAAACAGCAUGGAUCUACCUGAUGAAGAAUGCAUGGCGGCAGCCAGGAAAUUAGUGCAGGCUUAUCCCGAUGACUUGAAUACAAACCUUUAUGGAGAAGUGCGGCAAUUUCAUUCUUACAUGAGGACUAAGUGUACCGACUUGGGCAGGACGAAUUUCACUCACAUGGCCCUGUAUGACUCUAUCAUCAGCGAUAAGAUACAAUGCGUAUUUCCAAAUGUUGAAAUCGCUUUACGUAUGUUCCUAACGUUAAUGAUCACAAACUGCACAGCAGAACGCUCAUUUUCACCCCUAAAGAGACUCAAGAGCCCUCAGCCUACAGCGAUGAUUCCAGAAAGCCUCGAUUGCUUUUCCUUGUUAUGUAUGGAAAUAGAUAUUGUGCGGCAGCUUAAUUCUGACGAGAUCAUCGAAGAAUUUCUGAGAGCAAAGGAUAAAAAGCAAUGUUCUUAAUUACAACACAGUAGAAGUGCUACAGGCCAUUUUAACAAUAAACUGAAGUGAUUUGUAGUAACA